AUGGCUUCUUCUGCUUCUUCUUCUUCAAGUAGCAUUGUUGUUUGUGCUUUGGUUGGGGUUGGAAUAUUUCUUGGUCACAUCCAUGGGUGUCUUGGAGCUGAUUAUGGCACAGCUUUAACAAAGUCUUUGCUGUAUUAUGAGGCUCAAAGAUCUGGAAAAUUGCCUCGUAAUCAAAGAGUUAAAUGGCGUGGAGAUUCUGGUCUCCAAGAUGGCAACGAUGUUGGAGUAAAUUUGGUCGGAGGGUACUAUGACGCCGGCGACAACGUGAAGUUCGGGUUACCGAUGGCGUUCACAUUGACAAUGCUAGCAUGGAGCGUGGUGGAGUACAAAACCCAACUUUGGGCCAAACAUGAAAUACACAAUGCUCUAAACGCCAUUAAAUGGGGAAUAGAUUACUUGGUGAAGGCUCAUCCAUCGCCCGACGUGUUGUAUUGUGAAGUUGGCGAUGGAGGCUCAGACCAUGCUUGUUGGCAGAGACCCGAAGAUAUGACCACACCCCGCACCGCCUACCGCCUUGACGACCAGCACCCUGGCUCCGACUUAGCUGCCGAGACCGCCGCUGCUCUUGCCGCCGCCUCUCUUGCUUUUAAACGUUUCAAUCCUGCCUAUUCUUCUAUGCUUCUUAGCCAUGCAAAGCAGCUGUUUGAUUUUGGUCGGAAUCAUCAAGGGCUUUAUCAAAAUAGCGUCCCGGUAGCCGGCCAAUUCUAUUCCAGCAGUGGAUUUCAGGAUGAAUUAUUGUGGGCAUCUGCAUGGCUUUAUCGAGCAACAAACGAUGAAACAUACCUUAAUUAUUUGGGAGGCUCUGGUACUACCGGUGGAACAAGAACAAUGUUCUCUUGGGAUGAUAAGUAUGCUGGUGUUCAAAUCCUUGCAGCUAAGCUAGUUUUGGAUGGGAAGGUUCCAUCCUCAGGUUUGUGGGCAGAUUUCAAGAGCCAAGGUGAGCAAUUCCUUUGUUCUUGCCUUCAAAAAGGCAACUCCAAUGUUCAAAAAACCCCUGCUGGCCUCCUCUGGUUCCAGCCAUGGAACAACCUUCAAUAUGUCACCUCCGCCACCUUCCUCGCCACCGUCUACUCCGACUACUUGUCUUCCAAAGGUGUCUCGAUCCAGUGCCCCGGUGGCCUUGUCCAGCCUUCUGACCUCAUCUCCUUUGCUAAAUCUCAGGUAGAUUACAUUUUGGGUUCAAAUCCAAGUGGAAUGAGCUACAUGGUUGGCUUCGGGUCAAAGUAUCCAACUCAGGUUCAUCAUAGAGGAGCAUCUAUUGUUUCGAUCAAGAGGGACCCCACCCUAGUUACAUGUCAAGGUGGGUUUAAUUUAUGGUUCAAUCGUAAUGCACCAAAUCCAAAUGUUUUACACGGAGCAGUGGUUGGAGGACCCGACCCUAACGAUGCAUAUUGGGAUUCGAGGUCCAAUUUCAAGACAGCUGAACCGGCAACAAUAACUCCAGCACCAUUGGUCGGUGUCUUGGCUCGGUUGGCCUGAUAUAAUGAGCCAAGAACUAGGUUGU